UUGAUUGGGAUUGGCUGCCUUGCAUUUCAGGCCUGCUCUGCAGCAGGCAGGGAGUGGCGCGCAGGCGCAGAUGGUGGCUAGGACUGGGCUGUGGCGCUGAGAGAAGGUGCUGCUGCUCUGCUUGCGAAAUGGCUGAGGUGGAAGAAACCUUGAAGAGAAUUCAGAGUCAAAAAGGAGUCCAAGGGAUCAUUAUUGUCAAUUCAGAAGGUAUUCCCAUCAAAAGCACCAUGGAUAAUUCCACCACCAUGCAAUAUGCAGGCUCAAUGCAUAACUUAAUAAUGAGGGCAAGGGGCACUGUGCGAGAUAUUGAUCCGCAAAAUGACCUCACGUUCUUGCGGAUUCGCUCCAAAAAGAAUGAAAUCAUGGUUGCGCCAGAUAAGGACUACUUCCUGAUUGUCGUUCAGAAUCCAACCGAAUGACGUUCCCAAGUGAAUAUGCAAUUCUGUAUACCUAAAUGUCUAUUUUUAAUUUAAUAUCCCUCAAAGGUGAUAGUAAUUGUUUGUGCCACAUUCAUAAUGUUAAAAUAUUUUAAAAGGUUAGACACAUGUUUAACGAGUCUGUUCAAAUGAUGGCAUUUUGUUAAGAAGAUGAAGUGAAAUCAAGAUGACUAAAGUGUCAAAGAUUAAUAGUUUUCUUUGUAAUAACUUUAUGCAAUCAUUGUUUGAAAUAUUUCUAACUGAAAAUGCAUUUUCUCGUUUCUUUUUUAUUUUGUCAAAUAUUUACUUGAAAGAGGCUUUUUUGUCUGAAAUGUAUUAAAGUGAAAGUAACCUUCA